GCGGUAACAUUUAACGACGUUGUUGUAUUGUCUGCGUGCCGCAAUUAGUGAAGUGCCUCAAGUAACAGUGAUCAUUCAGAUUAGCUUUUAUGUAUUUGUUUCUGUUAAACAGUCAUUAAUUGCUGUAAUUAAGGCACUUUUUUGAUAAAGACAAAGAACUUGUUUUUCUUGUGCGUAACAUUGGGCUACGUUUCCUGCGCCUGCGCACUCCGCGUCUUCUCGUCGAGGAUUCUCCGCCAUACUGUGCUAACGUGUGGUAUUCGUCUUCAGAACCGGCAAAUUUCUUUGGCCAAGACUGGAGAUAAGGUCGUGAAACAGAACCGGGAAGGGUGGCCACCCCAGGGAGGACGUAAGGCAGGAGCUAAGUGUCUGCAGUACCCAACCAGCCGCUGCUCUGCGUCACAAUUUUGAAUCGUCUUGGCGCCGUACACAAGCUGCACUUAGCCUCGAGCAUUGCAUUAGGAAUCUGUGCGACUGUACACCAUCCUUGGCGCGUGUGAAGAAAUAGAUUUUUUCGAGGUUUCGUGUGCCAAUAGCGAAGGUAGAUGUCUGGAAGACGUGGCUCGUCGUCUAAUUACCCGCCGCGGCACUCGCCAUACGGCGGUGGAGCGAACCGCGGCUACGGCGGUGGCGGUGGCCGGCAGUACGAUGAACGCAACAGCCACUACGGCCAACAUGAUGGCGCACGCAGCCCACACCAACAGAGUCCACACAACCAGAACCAGCAGGACAACAGAUACCCGUCAAAGUCGAUGCCUCCACCUCAGCAGCAGCCACGAUCAUCCCAGCCCCCCAAGCCAUCGCCACCACCCCAGCAACAGCAGCAGCAGUCUCCGCGUCAAACGCAGCAGCAGCAGUCUCCGCAACAAACCCCGCGCCCCCAGCAGGUGCCAGCGCAGGUUAACAAUCAGCAGCAGAAAACCCCGGUGCAGCAGAAGCCCUCACCCGCUCAGCAGCAGAAGAAAGAGCAGACCCCGAACCAGCAAACGGCGACUCCUACGAAGCCGGUCCCGAAGGUGGAGCCUCCGUCUCCUGUGGCCAACCAGAACUCGCAGCCGGUCGCGAAUGCUUCCGGUGGCCAGGGCGCGGCCAACGCUACGAUCAAUUCUGCAAAUGCGACAAACGCCUCGAACAAGCCGGCCGGCGAGCACGCAGAAAAUUGCAAACUGUUUGUUUCCAACGUGUCGAACAUGAUGAACGACGAGUUGUUCCGCAAAAUGUUUGAAGAGCACGGUGAGGUGCGUGACAUCUUUCUCAACAAGACUAAGUGGUUCGGCUUUGUGCUGUUCAAGACGCAUGAGCAAGCGGAGAAGGCUAUGCGCGCCCUUAACGGCACUGAGAAGAACGGCCGGCGGCUGAACGUUCGGUACGCAACGCAGCAGAAACCGGACCAGGGCGGGCCCCAGGGUGGUCCCGGCCCGCAGCAGCAGCAGCAACAGCAGCAGCAGCAGGGACCAUUUGGCGGUGUCCCAUGCCAGGGCCCGCCGCCCCCUCCCACUCACCCUCAGCCUGUGAAGCGUAGCGGGGCACGUUGCCGUCUCUUUGUGGGCAACCUGGGCAACAGCAUGACAGAGGAAGAGUUCCGGCGCAUGUUUGGCGAGUUCGGAGAGCUGCUCGAGGUGUUCUUGCAUGCCCAGAAAGGCUUCGGCUUUGUCAAGUACGAGCAGCGGCAGCAAGCCGAGGCGGCCAAGGCCGCCCUAGACAACACACCACACGAGGGUCGCUACCUGCAGGUGCGCUUCGCCACGCAGGGUUCAUCACUCAAGGUGAAGAACCUCAGCCCGUUUGUGUCCAACGAGCUGCUGGAAGACGCAUUCUCCAUCUUUGGCGAGAUCGACCGUGCUGUGGUCAUCGUGGACGACAGGGGCCGCUCUGUGGGAGAGGGCAUUGUAGAGUUUGCUCGCAAGACUAGCGCCAUGGCUGCUCUAAAGAAGGCCUCGCAGGGCUGCCUGCUGCUCACCGCAUCGCCGCGGCCCGUGCUUGUAGAGCCGUUGGACCUGCGCGACGAAGAGGAUGGCUUUCCUGAAAAGAACAUCAACAAGAACAACCCGCAGUACCUUAAGGAGCGUGAGCUGGGCCCGCGCUUUGCCGAGCCUGGCACCUUUGAGUACGAGUUCUCGAGCCGUUGGAAGAAGCUGCUGGAGCUGGAAAAGCAGAAGCGAGAGUUUCUGGAGCGUGAGAUGGAGGACGAGAGACGCAAGCUCGAGGAAGAGAUGGAGUACUACCGUUACGAACACGAGACACGGCUUCUGCGCGAACAGCUGCGCAUCAUGGAAGAGCAGAGCAAGAUGUUUCUGCACGAGCGCGAAAUGCGCCAUGCCGAGCAAAAGCGGCGCGAGGAGAUACGCCGCCAGGAAGAGAUGCUGCUGCGCCAGCGAGAGGAAGACAUCUUGGGCUUCACACGCCGGGAGCAGGCUGCCCAGCAAGCGGCCCAGCAUGCAGCUAGCAUGCAGCAGAUGGCGGCGCCGCAGCAGCAGCAGCAGCAUGACCCGAUGGCGGCCGCAGCUGCCCAGACCAAGGCUCCAGCCUCAGCCAUUGAGGGGGCCACGUUUGUCAGCUCGUACGACAGCGGCACCCGCGUGUCGCGCUUCGACCAGCAACAGCCGCCGCAACCACACUACGGCAUGCCGCCCGAUGAUGGCAGGCGCCCCGACGACUACGCUGACCGGGACCCGAAGCGGCGCCGCUACUGAUAACUUAAGCGCACUCCAUCUAAUCAGGCCGGGUCGUGUCACACACUCACUCUUCUUUCGUCGUUGUCUUCGUCCUGUAAACAUUGCCAUGCAUUGCACUGUCUCUUUGUCGCCCAUUAAACAUAGUUCAAACACCAA